AUGGCUCCCGCGCUUCUGGCUGCGAUUGACCUCAGCACCUACACACAAUCCUCAAAGGGCCUCAAUCCCCAGGCUCUGUCGUAUGUUGGCAGUGUCUUCUCGCGUGUCGCCGACGACACAGUGGACCAGACCCUUUCCCACCUGCAGCACUCGGUAGGCCGAUUCGCCAACUACCUCGGCGUCGCAAGUCUCUCCUCGACCGACGACAUCGUCUCCCUCCUCGACGCCGGCGCCGCAAAGGUCUUCGUCACACGUCCCCAGUUGGACGAGUUGAAGUCCAAGAAGAUCGACCAGGGCAGGCUCGUUUUGUGCCUGCCCGGCAACUCGCGCGAAGAGAUCAUCGAGGCCAUUGCAGGCACACAAGUCGACAUCUACGCCCACCAGGUGCAAGACGUUGACCUGCUCGAGGCCUGGCUCAAGGAGUACGGCACAGACAGACCCAACGUCUUUGUCUCAUUUGCAAAGCCCGAGCUCGCCAGUUUUCAGCGCGUCGCAAAGCUCGCAGCCAUCCCCAUUGUCGCGGCCAAGGACCUCACAGUCGAUGCGCAGAAGGAGCCCUCGUCGAUAAGCGUCGCAAAGCUUGUCAUGGCCAAUGCCACCAGCGACCGACCGGACGGCCUUUUCACAACCCUCGUGACAGACGAGCGAGGCAUUGCGCUUGGCCUGGUAUACAGCAGCGAGGAGAGCGUCGCAGAGAGUCUGAGGACAGGGAGGGGGGUGUACCAGAGCCGCAAGCGCGGUCUUUGGUACAAGGGUGAAAGCAGCGGAGACAUCCAGGAGCUCGUGUCUUUGGCAUUGGACUGCGACAGCGACUGCCUGCAGUUUGUUGUGCGUCAGAAGGGACGCGGCUUCUGCCACUUGGCCACGCCCACCUGCUUCGGCCAGUACACCGGACUGUCCAGGCUGCAGAAGACUCUCCAGAGCCGCAGCGAGUCUGCGCCCGAAGGUUCAUACACCGCGCGUCUGUUCAACGAUUCGCAGCUGCUGAGGGCCAAGAUUCUCGAGGAAGCCACCGAGCUCUGCGACGCAACCACAAAGGAGCACAUUGCAUUCGAGGCUGCCGAUCUCUUCUACUUCGCCAUGACCAAGUGCGUGGCUGCCGGAGUAUCGCUCGAGGAUGUGGAACGCAACUUGGACGCAAAGAGCAUCAAGGUGAGGAGACGUCAAGGAGACGCCAAACCUGCCUUUGCCGCACAGGCGGCGGCUGCGACCAACGGCAACGUCAACGGCACCAACGGUACAUCUGCAAAGCCUACAAAGGAGGAGCUCAAGGAAGCAGCCUCCGUGCCAAAGAGCAAAGACGACCCGGCAGGCAUCAAGGAUGGACGCAUCGCGAUGAGGAGAUAUAUCGCUGCGAACGAGACACCUGAGACAAUAGCAUCUGUUCUCCAGAGACCUUCUCAGCGAUCGACUGAAAAGAUCCUUGAGAUCUGCAGGCCCAUUAUCGAGAAUGUCAAGACGAAGGGCGAUGCCGCGUUGCUCGAGUACACCCACAAGUUUGAAAAGGCAACUUCGUUGACAUCUACCGUUCUGAAAGCACCCUUUCCACAAGAACUCAUGCAAUUGGCGCCGGAGACAGCCAAGGCCAUCGACGUUUCGUUUGAGAAUAUCCGCAAAUUCCACGCAGCGCAAAAGGAAGACAAGCCGUUGAAGGUCGAGACAAUGCCUGGUGUUGUAUGCUCGCGCUUUGCGCGACCAAUCGAGAGAGUCGGUCUCUACGUGCCUGGAGGUACCGCGGUUCUGCCCUCUACCGCACUUAUGCUGGGUGUGCCCGCCAUGGUAGCUGGUUGCAAGACCUUGGUUCUCGCUACACCACCCCGUGCGAAUGGAAAGGUAACCCCAGAAGUUGUCUACGCUGCUCAUAAGGUCGGUGCGUCAGCCAUUGUCCUCGCAGGUGGUGCGCAGGCUGUUGCAGCAAUGGCUUACGGUACUGAGAGCGUGCCCAAGGUCGACAAGAUCCUCGGCCCGGGCAAUCAAUUCGUCACUGCAGCGAAGAUGUUCGUCUCCAACGACACCAAUGCUGGAGUGAGUAUCGACAUGCCUGCUGGUCCCAGUGAGGUAUUGGUGGUCGCAGACAAGACGGCCGACCCAGCCUUUGUUGCUUCAGAUCUCCUGAGUCAGGCUGAGCACGGCGUCGACUCUCAGGUCAUCUUGAUCGCAGUUGGUCUGAACGAGACCCAGCUGGGAGCGAUUGAGGACGAACUCCACAAGCAAGCCAUCGCCCUUCCUCGUGUUGACAUUGUUCGUGGCGCGAUCGAACACUCGAUCACACUUGCCGUCGACGAUAUCCAGGAGGCUAUGAGACUGAGCAACGAUUAUGCUCCAGAGCAUUUGAUUCUCCAAGUGGAGGACGCUGAAUCUGUUGUUGAUCUGGUCGAAAAUGCUGGCAGUGUCUUCGUCGGUCACUGGACACCAGAAAGUGUAGGAGACUACAGUGCCGGCGUCAACCACUCUCUUCCCACAUACGGUUACGCAAAGCAAUACUCUGGUGUCAACCUAGGCUCUUACAUCAAGCACAUUACCAGCGCGAACCUCACAAGACAGGGUCUCGAAAACGUUGGUGCUGCAGUGAUGGAGCUUGCGCGCGUGGAAGAGCUUGAGGCUCAUCGUCGUGCUGUCAGCUUGCGUCUUGGUGUAGCUUGA